GGAGACUGGUGUUGCCUCGCCCCUCCUCGCAUCUUGGACGAUUUAAAUCCAACCUCUACAGCAUUAUCAUACUCACUACUAGAGGCUUUUCGAAUCUCAAAUAUGUUGUGGACUAUCAUCAGACCAAAUUGAAAUGAAACGACAACUUGAGUUUAUCUCUUGGUUUAAAACAACGGAUGAUGAUCCUCCUAUACUGCAAUUGGUGCAACCCUCAACUAUUGUGGAUGAUCAUGUUUCGCUAGCAUCUUCGGGAGGAGAACGAGUGGUGAUUGGUGAGGACUUGCAAUUAUCUUAUUCGGCUGAACAAAAUGAGGAAGAAUGUGUGGAUGAGGAUGAUGAGGAUGAGGACAAGUUUGAGGGGACAUAAACACCAAAAGAAGAAGUUCCAGAUUACUUAACCAAGAGUGAUAUUGACUAGCUGUAUUUUGUUUGAUCUUUUUCUUGAACUGAACAAAUGAUAGAUGACCACUUAUAUUUUGUUUAUGUUACUAAAGUAUGACAUAUUCU